AUGGAUUUGCAGGAAUACGACUUUGUGAUCAAACAUCGCAGCGGGAAAUCUCAUGGCAAUUCAGAUGCAUUAUCAAAAAGACCUUGCCCUGAAUAUUGCAUGCAUUAUACUAGGCAAUAUAAUAGGCUCAGCAAUGAGUGGAAGGACAGCCUACAACAUGCACAGCAGGAAGAUUCGGACAUUAAGCCGACUCUAGAAUGGAUGAAGGUCAGUGCUCCUAAGCCCAAGUGGAGCGACGUCUCAGCAAUGGGUUCGACAACGAAAAGCUAUUGGGCCCAAUGGGACAGCUUGUUGAUUCAGGAUGGAGUCCUGUGCCGUAAAUGGGAAAAUGGUCGGGAAGACAGUUGUCAUUUGCAAAUGGUUGUCCCUAAGGCUAAAGUACCGGAUGUGCUACAGCUGUACCAUUGUGGUUGUUUAGGAGGCCACCUGGGAGUUAAACGAACUUUACUGAAGACGCAAGAACGGUUUUACUGGUUCCACUGCCGUGACGAUGUCGAGGACUGGUGCCGCAAAUGUACAAGUUGUGCGGCUGUAAAGGGUCCUCAAACUCGUAGUAGAGACGCAUUGAAAUUGUACAAUGUUGGUGCACCAUGGGAGAGGAUAGCCAUUGACGUUGCGGGACCGUUUCCGCAAAGUGAAAGUGGUAACAAGUAUUUCAUGGUUGUGAUGGAUUACUUCACUAAGUAG